GAAGUUGGGCAGAUCAGCUGACCGCUUGGUUGAUGGUCUGGCUUAGGGGUUGUUGGUCAUGGCCUCCAUCCUGGAAGAGUAUGAGGAUUCCUUAUCUCGGGCAUACUUUCCGAACACGACCAGAACCUCGGACAUACGGCACUCCGGCUACAUUAAUGCUCGUCUAGAAAAAGAAACGCCUAUCUUCAAUAAGCAGAGGAUCAAUUUUACACCACCGGAAAACAUUAACAGCCUUGUCGUGUGCAGUAACCAACUAUGCAUGAGCUUGGGAAGAGAAACAAUUCUCAGAAUAGACUUGGUGAAGGCAGAUCAACCCAAUCAAGUAGAGUUGGGGCGCAAAGAUGAAACCAGAGUGCAUAAAAUCUUUUUGGAUCCCACAGGUUCUCAUCUCCUGAUUGCUCUUAACACGAACGAAUGCCUUUAUCUGAAUCGCAAUGCACAAAAAGCGAGGGCUCUUUCUAGGUGGAAGGGCCACUUGAUUGAAUGUGUUGGAUGGAACAGGUUUUUGGGCAACGAAACAAGCACAGGCCCCAUUCUAGUGGGGACAAUACAGGGACAAAUUUAUGAGGCGGAAAUAUCUGCCAGUGAAGGAGGUCUUUUCAGUACAAAUCCCGAUCAAUAUUUUCGACAUAUUCACACUCUGGAAGAAGAGCUGGGACCUGCUCCGGUUUGCUGUUUGGAAAUUAACCGUGGCUUUGAAAACCGUUUUUGUGUCAUUUCUACCACUGCAAAAAGACUUUUCCAGUUUGCUGCUAAAAUACCAGAGGGAACUGAGCCACAAGGAUUUUCAUCCCUUUUUAGUCAACCUGCAGAUGACCUUCCCAGCAUCCAGGAGUUCCCAGGAAGCCUUGGCUAUAGUGAAAUAGCUUUCUAUACUCCGAAACUUCGCUCCUUCCCGGGUUCUUUUGCUUGGAUGAUGGGAAAUGGAGUUCUUUAUGGCAACUUAGAUUUUUCUAGGCCAGACUCUGUAUUAACUGAUGUCCAGGUUUGGGAAUAUUCUUCCAAUAAUGAGAAGCCGAUGUCUAUUGUUCUCACUCAGUUUCACUUUCUACUCCUGAUGCCUGAUCGGGUAAAAGCUAUUUGCACGUUAAAUGGACAAGUUGUUUUCGAAGACAUUUUUACAGAGAAAUUUGGCCCUCUAAGAAGGAUGGUGAAAGACCCCAUGUUAGGCCAGAUUUGGAUUCAUACAGAAAGGGCGGUAUUCCGAUACCAUGUGGAACGAGAAACAAGGGAUGUCUGGAAGAUGUACAUGAAUAUGGAAAAGUUUGAUCUGGCUAAAGAGUUUUGCAGGGAUCGUCCUGAUUGUAUGGAUAUCGUGCUUGCAAAAGAGGCUGAACAUUGCUUUCAGAACAAGAAGUACAAAGAAAGUGCCAAAUGUUAUGCCCUCACACAAAACUACUUUGAAGAAAUAGCUCUCAAAUUUAUUGAAGCCAAACAAGAGGAUGCGUUGAUGGAGUUUUUACUCAGAAAACUGGCAAACUUGAAGUUGUCUGAGAAAAUACAAGUCACUCUACUGACCACUUGGUUGACAGAACUAUAUUUGAAUCGUCUUGGAGUGCUUGGAAAUGACGCGUCUAAAAAAAGUCAAUAUCUGAAAACUCGCGAUGAGUUCCGUUCUUUCCUCAGCAGCCAGAGAAACAAAGAAUGUCUCUUCAAUAAUCGUGCCUCCAUACAUGAUCUGUUAGCCAGUCACGGGGAUACGGAACACAUGGUUUACUUUGCCGUGCUAAUGCAAGACUAUGAGAGGGUGGUUUCACAUCAUUGCCAGCAUGAUGAUUAUGAUGAGGCCCUCAAUGUUUUAACAAAGCACAGAGAUGAGAAACUUUUUUACAAGUUUUCGCCUGUACUUAUGCAGCAUAUCCCCGAGAAAGUGGUAGACUCUUGGAUCACCAUGGGAAAAAGAUUAGAUCCAAAAAACCUCAUUCCAGCGCUUGUUAACUACAGCCAGAGUGCUGGAACACAGAUCAAUGAAGCUAUAAGAUACAUGGAGUUCUGUGUGGAAGAGCUCAAAGAAACUGAACAGGCGAUCCAUAAUUAUCUUCUUUCUCUUUAUGCACAAUUCCGCCCCAAUUCCCUUCUCUCCUACCUAGAAAGGGCUGGCACGAACCCGAGUAGAAUUCACUAUGACCUCAAGUAUGCACUUCGACUUUGCGCAGAGCACGAACACCACCAUGCAUGUGUCCAUGUCUACCGGGUAAUGGAGAUGUAUGAAGAAGCUGUGGAUCUAGCGUUAAAGGUGAGUGUGGAUUUGGCAAAGUCAUGUGCGGAUUUACCGACCGAGGAUGAGGAGCUAAAGAAGAAAUUGUGGCUGAAAAUAGCUCGUCAUGUGGUGCAAGAAGAAAAGGAUGUCAAGAAAGCCAUGGUUUGCCUUUCUAGUUGUAACCUUCUUAAAAUUGAGGACAUUUUGCCGUUCUUUCCUGAUUUUGUGACCAUUGACCAUUUCAAAGAAGCAAUCUGUAGUUCCCUGCAAGACUACAAUCAGCAUAUUGAAGAGCUGAAGAGAGAGAUGGAGGAUGCCACGCAGAGUGCAAAACGCAUACGGGAAGACAUGCAGGAGAUGAGGAACAAGUAUGGCUCAGUAGAUCCACAAGACAAAUGCACAGUCUGUGACUUUCCAUUGUUAAAUCGACCAUUUUAUCUCUUCCUUUGUGGGCACAUGUUCCACUAUGACUGCCUUAUUCAGGUGGUUGUACCCAAUCUCCCUGCCUAUAAGCAGAUCAAGCUGGAUGACCUACAAAAGAAGAUGGUAACUGCAGCUCAGCAUUCAAAGAGUCACUCCCACACAAAAGAUGAGGAUUCAAUAAGCCUGGGAAAAGGACAGCAAUCCAGUGAACAGAUAAAGGCUGACAUUGAUGAUAUUGUCGCAGCAGAGUGUGCCUACUGCGGUGAACUCAUAAUACGUUCAAUUGACAAACCUUUUAUAGACCCUCAAAAGUAUAAGGAGGAAAUGUUAAGUUGGCUGUAGGAGUAAAAACUACAAUUACUAUUAAUGUUUUCAAGAAUGAAAGACCAGGGCUAAAACAGCUGUUCAAUUCUACAUUAAUAAAAUGUAAAC